UUUUGGGAUUCAUAAAGUCCCUGUUGCUUCUCAGCUACAUGGCAUGGCAGAAAUAUGUAGCCUUUUGAGUCCCCUAAGGAAAAGCUAAGUGACAGCUAAAUAAAUAUUUACUAGAGGUAUUUCUCAAAGCAAAAGGAUUUUCCCACCAAAAAGUUUUUAUUUUUAACUUACAUUGUUGUAUCUUCAGCAGUAUCUCUGUUAAGAUAAGUAAGAUGGAUUUGCCCAUAGUUAGAUGUGUACCUGACUUUGAAGAAAUAAGAUGUCAGUUACACUGCUCUGACCUCAGGUUCCAGAAUGUCAAGGCAACAUUCUUUAGAAGAGAUGUUCCCCUUUGGAUUGAACCAAAUUUAGAAUCAGCCAGCUUACUGUCAAAAAGGACAGCCCUGCGGACAGAAAACAGCUCGCACUAUGAAUUGCUUUGGAAAUCACAUCUCUGGGUUUCAUGAGGAUGUUUCCUUCCUCACCAUACAGUCACCUCCGUCGCUCUCACCCAUAUCGUUGGAAGAUGAACAUUUUAUUUCCAACCUGAGGAGCCAGGCGGCCGCCCAGGUGGUGGUGAAGCAGCCUGUCCAGGGAGCCGGUGGCAGGACCAUGCUCACGAUUGUCCAGGCUGGUGGGGACUGGAGCACUGGCCUCUUCAGUAUCUGCAGUGACAGGAGAAUCUGCUUCUGUGGUCUGCUUUGCCCGCUGUGUCUCGAGUGCGACGUCGCCAGGCAUCACGGAGAGUGUUUUUGUUGGCCGUUACUACCUGGGUCCACCUUUGCCCUAAGAGUUGGCACCAGAGAGAGACAUAAAAUACGGGGCACCCUGUGUGAGGACUGGCUGGCCGUGCACUGCUGUUGGCCCUUUGCCAUCUGUCAGGUGGCCCGGGAACUCAAGAAGAGGGCCUCCCAGCUCUAUGAAGUCUACGCAGCCCCUCCAGCGCGGGACACCUUUACCUGCCAGAGCAGGAAGACUUCCCCCACUCCCCUGCCUCCCCUGCCUCCCCUACAGUCCUCCCAAUAGAGAGAUUGUCCUCUUUAAAUUUUCACUGAAAUACUGUGAAGAUAAAUAGUAUCCCACCACUGUCUUUACUGUUGUUCUUUAUGCGUACCCUCGAUGAAGACUGUUACUUGUCUGAAUUUCCUGUUCCAGGCCAACUGCACAGGGCAGAUCCUAGAGGUGAGUUCUGUGCCCUCCCCCAUCCUGCCUGGAGUUUUGGAAGGCUGUGUUUUCCCCCCGUCUUUCUCCUGCCGUCCUUUCAUGGGGCUGUCUAGGAAUCUAGACGGAUUGUUUAUGGCUUUCUUAUGCAAGUCCCUUU